AUGCGGAUAUUUAUCCAAAAAAAUUUCCUACUUACUUUUUUAAGUGAAACCAAUAACAUUGUCGAAUAUUUUCCGAUAAUUAUUGAACCUGCCGAAAAACCGGCAAAAAUCAAUCGAUUGAUGCCACGUGAUCAUGUCAAUAUUGGUUAUACGUCACAGGCUCAUGUUACUAACCCUAUCACUCGUUCAGAAUUUAUGGAACUUGACCCUGAAUUAUAUGGCUUGCGUAGAUCUCGACGCAUGGCUAAUACUCCUCGUGCUGUCAGUUACAAGUUACCUUCAACUUCAGAAGAAGACACUGAUGGUGAUGAACUCGAUUCUUCUAUUACCUCAAGAAAACGUAAGAAGGCCAUGAUGGUCGGUAAGAAAAUCCUUCCAAAGAAAAAAUCAAAAAUCUUAAAAUCCCACGGUUGGGAUAACUCCGCUUCUAAUUCGAACGACGAAGAUAGUGUCUUUGCUUCCUCUCCUCAGACUAAUAAAGAUACUUCGUCUACAAACGACACUGACGAUCCAGAAUGGCAUUCUUCAAAGAACGUUUCAACAUCAACAUCGUCAAGGCAUAAGAAGAACACAUUCCUCAACACCAACGACUUCAUAAUGGAAAAACGAUACUCUAGGCGUACCCGCACUAUCACGAAUUAUAAUGAAGACGAAAUUGAUAGACGACUUGGGUUAGAAGUCUAUGAGGAUGAUGUGCAAAUUGAUGAAUACGCCCAACCAGAAGAAGAGGAAAAUGUAAUUGAAAGCAUUCAUGAUAUAAGGAAGAUUGAGGGUAUAGAUAAUGGACCAGCGAAUCCGAGAACAAAUAUGGAAUUCUUUAUUAAAUGGAAGAGCUGGAGUCAUUUGCAUAAUACAUGGGAAUCUUAUGAAAAUCUCCGAGGCCUAAAAGGAUUCAAGAAGUUGGAAAACUUUAUCAAGAACUAUGAAGCGGAACAACAAGCAUUAUUAGAAAGUCCGGAAGAUAAAGAAACGAGCGAUGUCAAGAUGGAAAUGUUUAGAGAUAUACUAAAAGAUUAUAAGACAGUAGAACGAAUUAUAGCGGAGAAAACCUCGUCUCCAACCGAGGAGAAUCCUUUUCCAAAUGCCGAAUAUUUAUGUAAAUUCAAACGUCUCCCCUACCAAGAUUGUACUUGGGAAACAUUCGAUGAGACAAAAAUAAAAGAUUUUCAAUCAGAAAUAGAUGCUUUUAAAAAUCGUAAUAACAAUCUACGAGUUCCCAACAAAAGCAAAUUAUACAACAAGAAUCGUCCCGCAUUUAAACCAUUAACAUCACAACCUAAUUACCUCGUUGGGGGCGAACUUCGAGACUUUCAACUUACUGGAUUGAAUUGGCUAGCUCAUUUAUGGGCUAAAAAUGGGAACGGCAUACUUGCUGAUGAGAUGGGUCUCGGUAAAACCGUCCAAACAAUUUCGUUCCUUUCAUAUCUUUACCACGAAAAGGAACAGUUCGGACCUUACUUGAUCGUCGUACCUUUGUCAACGAUCGGGUCUUGGCAAAAUGAAUUCCAGACAUGGGCACCUGAUCUAAAUGUUAUUAUAUACACUGGUAAUUCUCAAAGUCGUGAAGUCAUCCGCGAGCAUGAAUUCUUUUUCCCUUCCACUUCUUCAUCAUCAAGACGACCGAAGUUUAACGCUUUGGUGACGACAUAUGAAUUCAUUUUAAAAGAUCGAUUAGAACUUGGAAAUAUAAAAUGGCAGUAUUUGGCAGUGGAUGAAGCACAUCGCUUGAAAAACAGCGAGUCGCAGCUCCAUGAAGUAUUAUCAACAUUUAAUACUACAAAUCGUUUAUUAAUUACCGGAACACCUCUGCAAAAUUCGAUCAAAGAAUUAUGUGCAUUGGUUAAUUUCUUGAUGCCAGAUUUUGAAAUCAGUGCGGAGAUAGAUAUUGAAGCACCCGAUGCAGAACAAGAAACUAAGAUCCGUGAACUACAUAAAAGUCUUGAGCCAUAUAUGCUUAGACGCCUUAAAAAGGAUGUCGAAAAAUCAUUGCCGCAGAAGACCGAAAGGAUUUUACGAGUUAUUUUAUCACCAUUACAGAUGCACUAUUAUAAAAAUAUCCUUACGAAAAAUUUUGAUGUUUUGAAUGAAGGAGUCACUGGUUCUUCUCAAAUGAGCCUUUUGAAUAUUGCAGUCGAAUUGAAAAAGGCCAGCAAUCAUCCAUUCUUAUUCCCAAAUGCCGAACCUCGUACAGUUCGUAAUGAAGAUCAAUUGCGUGGCCUAGUUACCAACAGCGGGAAAAUGGUACUUUUGGAUAAAUUAUUAACAAGAUUAAGGGAAUCAAACCACCGAGUUUUAAUUUUCUCUCAAAUGGUUCGGAUGCUGGACAUAUUAACAGACUACCUUAAAUUGCGAGGUUAUCAACACCAAAGGUUGGACGGAAGCGUUCCAUCGGAAGCUCGUAAAAAGUCCAUAGAACAAUUUAACGCCCCGAAUUCACCUGAUUUUGUUUUUCUACUAUCGACACGUGCUGGUGGUUUAGGUAUAAAUCUUAAUACAGCAGAUACUGUCAUUAUUUUUGAUUCCGACUGGAAUCCGCAAAAUGAUCUUCAAGCGAUGGCCAGAGCACAUCGUAUUGGACAAAAGAACCAUGUGAACGUCUAUCGAUUUGUAUCAAAAGACACGAUUGAAGAAAGCAUCCUCGAACGCGCAAAACGUAAAAUGGUUCUUGAGUAUUGCAUCAUUAAACAAAUGGAUACUUCUGGAAUGAGUAUCUUGCAAAAGAAUCCGAAAAAUUCAAAGCCAUCAGAGAAUUUUAGUCGCGAGGAACUGUCUGCAAUUCUCAAGUUUGGUGCUCAAAACAUGUUCAAAGAAGAAGGUGCCAAAAAACUUGAUGAUCUCGAUUUGGAUGAUAUACUGGCUCGAGCUGAAACUCACGACACGGUUGGGGACCAAACGAGCAGUAGCCUUGGAGGUGAAGAAUUUUUGAAACAAUUCCAAGUCGCUGACUUUGGUGAUGGAGAUAUGAGUUGGGAAGAUAUCAUACCUCAAGAAGAAAGAGAGCGACUAGCAAAGGUUGCCGCGGAACUUGCUCAAGAACAAGAGUACGAUAACAAUAAUAAGACAGGAUCGAAGCGCAAGGCAGUUGUUCAAGGUGGGACUAACGUAAUCGACUCGGACGAUGAUGAAGACGAGCCACCAAAGAAAAAAAAGUCCAGAUCUAAACGAAAAGUGGUUUCGGAUGAUGAACUUUCACGUGAAGACAGGGAUGAUUCUGACUCAGAUUCUAAUGAUGGCCGUAUGACGAAAAAAUCGCGCUCACGUAGAAGGAAAGGUGAUAACACGAAUGGGAAAAGAUCAAACGGAAGACGUUAUAAACAUUCUUCAUCCGAAAAUGAAGACGAUCGUACUACUCAAAAGAGAUCAAAAUUGAAUAGGAAGCAUAAAGAUUCAGAGGAAGACGACGAACCAAUAAAAGCAUUAAAAAAACAAAAAUCCGCAACAAGUUCAUCACGUGAAAUGUCACAAAAAGAUGUACGAGCAUUAAUAAAAGGUAUUAUGAAAUUUGGUGACAUUCAUCAACGAUAUGAAGAAGUUGUUGCAGAGGCUGGCCUACAAGAAAAGGAUCAGCAACAUCUACUCACAGUCUAUGAUGAAUUAUUUACGAUAUGUAAAAAGGCUGUUGAAGAACACGAGGCUUCAAAUGAUGCUAACUUUCCCAACCCUCGUGGAAAAGCAAUACAAACCACAUAUCGCGAUGUAGAUAAAAUUAACGCGGGCGCGUUGAUUCAGCGCGUUAAUGAUCUUAAAAGCUUGCAUGACAAAAUAAAGAGUGUUGCAGAUCCCGUGAGAUUUAGAAUCGCGGUUUCCACAAAACCAGUUACCAAUUGGUUUUCGGAUUGGAGUCAACCUGAAGAUGAUUCUCUCGUGGCAGGAAUAUACAAACACGGCUUUGGUAAUUGGAAAGCUAUUCGCAGUGACCAAGAGUUGGGCCUCGCUGAUAAGCUUUCCAUCGACGAAGGUGAUGCAGCCCAACGUACAGCCUUAACUGCCAAGGUCGUACGAAGGGCCGAAUAUUUGUUGAAGGUUGUCCGGGAAUUGGACGAUGAGGAGGAGGAACGGGGUCGACGACUUCGAUUUCGUCCUGGCUCUCGUGGGGAUGGUCCUGGCGAAGCAGGUCCAUCUGCCCGUGAUUCUGCACCCACUAAGGGGAAGAAGGCUGCGAAACACAUAAACAACUCAAAUGAAGAAGAUUCUAUCCAGCAACCAACUGAUCGAGAAUGUAAAGAGCUACUACGUCCAGUCAAGGAUAAACUUCAGUGGCUCAAGAAGGAAUCGGGUCAAUAUAGUGGUAAGGAGAAGGCCAGACUUAUCAAAGAGUCACUUAAAAUUAUUGGCGCGAAGAUUGGAGAUAUCCUUGCCACAAAGUCAGCGGCCGAAAAAACUCAGUGGCAAUUUAAUUUGUGGCAGUUCGUUACGUAUUUUUGGCCUCGAGAAAUUGGGGCAGAAAAAUUGAUCGAUCUGCAUCGCAAACUGGAAGCUGCCGAGGCGGGUUUAGGCAAUUAA